AAAUGAUAAGAAAGUGCCCUGUAGUUUGUGCCACGAGUCAAUAUCUCGUCUAUAUAAACAACUUUUGUCUUCAUUGCUAUUCACACAGUCAAAAUGACUCUGCUUCAACAUUUUGUUAUAUUUGUUUCUUCUAUUUUAUUUUCCACCUCAGAACUUAUCAUUGAUGUCCAACCAAACGUCAUAUCUGCGGAGAUAACUGCACAACUUGUGAUCAACUGUUCUGUAACCAGCAACCAAGUUCAACAUCUGGAUGUGAUCAGAUCUCUAACUCUUUCUCGUUAUAAUGAAACUUUGAAAGAGUUUUUGGAUCUUCUAACUUUAGAAGCUAAAACUUUAAAUCUCUCACAGCUAGUCCAACUACAUCAUGCACAAAUCAGUUUUGGAAAUCUGUAUAUUAGUUUAACUUUACACAAUCCAACUCAGUUUGAUGCCAAAGUUUACAGAUGUAUGGCUGAGGGAGAUAAAAAAAAUGCAGCCAACUCAUCAAUAGUGGCUAAGAAAGAGGUAGAAUAUAGAACAAAUACGACUGCUUUAAUAGAAGAGAUACGACGUUUGAAGGUUGUCGAGAAAAACCAUCAAUGUACCUUAGAGAAAAUAGAGCUGACAGCGUCCUAUCAAAAAACCAAGCUCCAUUUUGUGGGAAGUUCUAAAGUUAUCAAAGAAAUGAUCGAACCUCUAACCUUAACAUGUUCACUUCAGAAUCUGGAUCAUAAUUCCACAGUUCAAUUUAUGUAUAUUCUUCAUGAGCCAAAUGAUAUCAUUGCUACCAUCAAUAAAGAUCAACCAGUUGUCACAACCAAACAAGAGAGUAAUUUUAACAUGGCUAAUGGGAAACUUUCUGAUACCGAAUUGCAAGCAUCAUUUAUUGAAGUUUCUUGGAGCUAUAUAAAGAGCUCAGAGUCUGGAAAAUAUUUUUGUGGAGCUCAUGUCAUGGGACCUGAUGGAAGAUCUGAACGGUUGAAUGAGAUGUUAGCAAUUAUUGUUUCAAAUCCAACAUUUGAUGAUUUGGUCAAAGUAAUACCAAAACUUUUAAGACAGGCUGACAUAGAGAAGAAAAAUGUACUAGAUAAUAAAAAUAAUAUAUAUCACAUAAAAGAAGAUAUCAAUACUAAACAACAAAAUAUUAAAAGCAUAAAAUAUGGAUUGGACAUUAACAGUCAAAAUAUUAAAAGCAUAAAAGAUGGAUUGGACACUAACAGUCAAAAUAUUAACACCAUUAAAGACGACCUAGAAACUAGCAGGCGAAACAUUGAAAGCAUUACAGAUGAUUUGAAUGUUAACAAACAAAGCAUUGCAAGCCAUAAUGAAGAAUUGAAUAAUUUCAGACAAAUAGAAGACAGUCUAAAAAAUGACUUAAGAACCAACAAACAAAGUCUACAAAGCAUUACAGAGGAAGUAAAUACUAAUAAAGAAAAUAUAAAUCAGUUGAAAGAGGACUUGAAAUCAAACAAACAGAAAAUACAAAACAUUACAGAAGACGUCAGUAGUAACAGACAAAUUAUAAUGAACAUAAAUAACGGUUUGAACACCAGUCAACAAAGUAUGAGCAAGUUAAAAACAGAUCUAGAGAAACAAUUAACAAAUCUCUCAACUACUUUGACAUCAAUACAGAAAGAGAUUGAGACAGUACCCUCAGUAUCUUGUCGUGAAAUCAUCAGCACCCACAACCACGUAAUUGUAAAGUUAAUAUCCGGGUUAAAGGUCAUGUGUGACACCAAGACAGACGGCGGUGGAUGGAUCAUCUUUCAGAGAAGAAUCAACGGAAAAGUAGAUUUCUAUAGAGACUGGAAGGAGUAUCGUGACGGCUUUGGAGAUUACAACAUUGGGGAAUUUCAUCUGGGAAAUGAAAAUAUUUUUAAGCUAACUUCAACUGAAGAAUAUGAUUUAAGAAUAGAUUUAGAAUUUAACAACAAACAAUAUUUUGCGCAAUACGAAAAUUUUAAAGUAUUAAGUGAGACUGAGAAAUAUAAACUACAGAUAGGAAACUAUUCAGGAAAUGCUGGAGAUAGUUUAUCAGGUCAUAACAACAUGUUCUUUAGUACUUUUGAUAGAGAUAACGACAAUGACAGUACCGUAAACUGUGCAGAACGUUGUUCAGGUGCCUGGUGGUAUAGAAGGUGUCAUGAAUCUAAUCUAAAUGGUCAAUGGGGACGUAAAUCAGAUCACAGGGGAAUGGACUGGAAUCAAUUAACAAGACACACUAACAGUGUUUCUUUUAGUGAGAUGAAAAUAAGAGAAAGAGAGAAAAACUAUUUUCAUUAAGAGGAGCGAAGCAUAUAAACAAAAAAGUGGUUAGAUAUUUAAAAAAAAAAAAACAUCAACAUAUUGAUAGUGUUUUAAAUGGCGCGUGUUUCAUUUCCUAUUUCCUAACUAUUUAAAAAGAAAGAUUUUUUUUCUCUUUUAAAGAUAGGAGGUCAGACAAUACAUAUAGUGGUAUAGAAGCAAAGUAAUUUUAAAUAUAUGAUAAUAAAUUGUAAAUUUUCUACUAUCUUAAGUGGAUAAUGAUACAAAAGAUUGUUGAUUAAAUCUUUAAGAAAUAUUGUAUUAAUUUUAAACUUAAGCCUUUGCGUUUUGCAAUUUAGAGUCUCAAAAACAUAUAUCUAAAUGUUAUUUUGAACACAUCACAGAUAUUAAUACAUUUUACUGGCAGUAAAUUCUUAACAGUUUAAUAAAAAAAGUAUACAUGUAUUUAAUAAAAUAUAUAAUAAACCAUAAUAUGAUGAUAUAAAAAAUACCACGGGACAUACUGCCUUCCUCACUAAUCUUCUCACUCUAAGUCAAGACUUAUUAUUAUUAACCCUUACCCUAAUUUAAUACAAUAAAUUUUUUAUACAUAUAUUAAUCAUAUAAUAUUAUCAAUUAUCUAUAUGUUUUAUAACUAUUACCACAGUCUCUAAAUUAAAUGUUAUUAUUUAUGUCAAAUAAAAUUCAUUGUAUGUUGAA